AUGUGUGUUGACUUCACUGACCUGAAUAAAGCCUGUCCGAAGGAUAACUACCCCCUCCCCAGCAUCGACCGGUUAGUAGACGGUGCUUCGGGACACGCAGUUUUGAGCUUCCUCGACGCCUAUUCCGGAUACAACCAAAUCCCCAUGUACGUCCCGGACCAGGAGAAGACAGCUUUCAUAACGGAGCAUGCCAAUUACUGCUACGAGGUAAUGCCAUUCGGUCUGAAAAAUGCCGGUGCAACGUACCAACGGCUCAUGGACAAAGUCUUUCGGGACCAAAUCGGGCGGUGUAUGGAAGUCUAUGUAGAUGACAUGGUGGUAAAGAGCUCCUCACACCAACAACAUCUGAAAGACCUGGCGGAAGUCUUUCAACAACUCGAAAAGUAUGACCUACGAUUGAAUCCGUUAAAAUGCACCUUUGGAGUGCAAGCAGGCAAGUUCCUAGGUUUCUUGUUAACCGACCGAGGAAUAGAAGCCAACCCUGAUAAAUGCCGGACGAUCUUGGAGAUGAGAAGCCCAACAAAACUGAAGGAAGUCCAGUGCCUGGUCGGACGCCUUACUGCGUUAUCUCGGUUCAUACCAAAGCUCUCCGACCAUAUCAAGCCUAUAAUAAAAAACAUGAAGCAGAACUUACCCCGACACUGGGACGAUCAAUGCGAAGCCGCCUUCACCACCAUCAAAAACAUACUAACGUCUCCGCCAGUUAUGGCGCGACCAACAGAAGGCUCCGACUUACAGCUAUACUUGGCGGCCUCUAGUCAUUCGGUAAGCGCCGCCCUCAUUCAAGAAUCUCCCGUUCUUAAAUUAAUUUAUUUUGUUAGCAGAACUUUGCAGGGAGCCGAAGAACGAUAUUCCCAGGUGGAGAAAGUAGCUCUCGCCUUAAUCACCGCGGCGAGGAGACUCCGACCGUACUUUCAAAGCCACCAGGUCGUUGUCCGGACGAACCAUCCAAUCGCUAAAAUUCUCCGCAAGCCGGAUCUCGCAGGCCGAAUGGUUGCCUGGUCCAUUGAAUUGUCAGAAUUCGGCCUCAGGUUCGAACCACAGGGCUCCGUCAAAGGUCAACACCUGGCCGACUUUGCAGCAGAGCUCUCACCAGCUAUCGAACCGCCCACAUGGACUUUAAGCGUGGACGGUUCCUCAGACAGAAAAGGAGGCGGUGCUGGAGUCGUACUCGAAGGNCCGGACGGUCUACUAGUCGAGCAGGCCAUAUCCUUCAACUUUCAACUCAGUAAUAAUCAAGCUGAAUACGAAGCCCUAAUCAGCGGGCUACUCCUGGCAAUCGAAUUGGAGAUCGAACGUCUUCAAUGCCGAAUGGACUCCCAGUUAGUCGUCGGGCACAUAAAUGGCACUUUUCAAGUCAAAGAUAAUCAUCUGUUACGAUAUUAUCAUAAGGUUAGUGAUUUGAUUACCUCUUUCAACAGCUUCAGCAUUGCACAUGUACCCCGAGCGCAGAAUUCCCGGGCGGAUCUGUUGUCCAAACUGACACACAGUAGAAACAAAUCUCAGCUAACCUCGGUGAUCAGAACCGCGUUAGAUAAACCCCUGCUAGAAACAUGCUCCGUUGACCUCACCACCCCCAGGACCGACUGGCGGCACGAAAUUAUACAACUAAUGACCCUACAGGAACAGGGCGGGUUCGUUAGCGCCUCCGACGCUAAACGGAUCGCCCGGUACACAUUUGUAGGCGAUGACCUCUACCGCCGCGGUUAUACUUCCCCCCUGUUGAAGUGCCUAUCUACCGAUGAAGGCCAAUAUGUUAUACAAGAACUACAUCACGGAAUUUGUGGAACGCACUCGGGCAAGAAAUCACUCCGAGCAAAAAUAUUAAGAGCUGGCUUCUAUUGGCCCACCAUUGACAGAGAUUGCGCGGAUUUCGUGAGAAGAUGCAUCUCUUGCCAAGCUCACGGACAAGAUAGCCGAAUCCCUCCGUCAGAACUUAUGGGAAUUAUUCCCCCAUGGCCCUUUGCUCAGUGGGGAAUGGACAUCGCCGGUCCCCUGCCGGUCGGAAGCGGACAACGCAAAUAUCUCCUGGUAGCGGUUGAUUAUUUUACCAAAUGGAUAGAAGCGGAGGCCCUCGCCACGAUCACCGCCAAGAAAGUGCAAAGCUUCAUCUGGCACUUAAUUUGCAGAUUCGGCAUUCCACAAAAAAUUAUCACAGAUAACGGUCGGCAAUUCAUAGACCGCACACUAGAAGAUUUCCUCCAAGGGUUUGGCAUCAAACAUGUUACUAGCUCGGUAGAGCAUCCUCAAACAAACGGCCAAGCAGAGGCCGCUAACAAAGUCAUCAUUGCAGAAUUGAAAAAACGACUAGGACAGGCGAAAGGUUUGUGGGUUGAAGAGUUACCAGAAGUAUUGUGGGCCUACCGCUGUACACCGCACGGAGCUACAGGAGAAACCCCGUUCAAUCUGACGUAUGGAACGGACGCCAUGUUACCGGUCGAAGUCGGAGAACCUUCCUUGCGACGACAUAUGCAGGAUAUGGCUAUCAAUGACCAACAGUUGAGGGUCAACCUAGAUACCCUGCCCGAACGACGAGAAGCAGCCUUAGUAAAAAAUGCAGCCCAGAAAAGACUCAUCACUCGGCGCUACAACUCCAAAGUUAAACCGCGUAACUUUGCCGAGGGAGACCUAGUUUGGCGAAAAAGAGGAGACGCACGGAAAGAAAGAACGCACGGGAAGCUUGCCGACAAAUGGGAAGGACCCUUUCGCAUCUCAGACGAUUUGAAGAAUGGAGCAUACCGCCUGGAACAUCUUGACGGAACGAACGUUCCCAACACAUGGAAUGCGACUCAUCUUAAAUUUUACUACAGUUGA